GGGCACAUUUUGGCGGGAAAGGCUGACAUUACAUCUAGCUAGCUGUCUCUGGACCCUCACUUAUAAUUAGUUACUUCCGUGUUUCACUUACUUUAGCUGAACCUGUUUUGACUUGAAACAGACUUGUUAGACCACAUUGACCAACAUAUGUCUAGUAUAUUUUAGCAGUAAACGUGCUAUCAGUAUUAUUAGAGUGCUUGCUGGUAUUAGCUCAGGUUGAAUGUUCGUGUGUAUUCACGUUAUUAGCUGGAUUAAAUCAAACCGUUAGCUCCUUGAACAGAAAAGGAGAAAAUGGCGGCUAGGAAGAUGUGCAUCAGGAAGAACAAGGAGGCAACUGCUGAGUGGACAGGGUUGUUUAUGAGCGACCUAAAAACCGAGCAAGAGUCCCUGGUCUUCGUCAAGAGGAUGAUGGCUGUGGCCGUCUCCUCCAUCACCUACCUCAGAGGGAUUUUCCCGGAGGAUGCCUACCGAUCCAGAUAUCUGGAAGAUUUGUGCAUCAAAGUUUUGCGUGAGGACUGCAACACCCCAGGUGCCAGCAAAAUAGUGAAAUGGAUGAUGGGCUGCUUUGACGCAUUACAGAAGCAAUAUCUCCAGAUUGUGUUCAUUGGGGUGUACACCAAUCCAGAAGAGCCUAAUUGCAUUAUUGAGUCCUACCAGUUCAAAUUCAAAUACACUGAGAAGGGGCCAGAGAUGGAUGUACUCAGGAACGAUGGUGUGGAGAUGCAGGUCACGCUGGAGGACACCAAGAGGGCCUCUGUGCUGCUCAUCAGGAAACUCUUCUUGCUUAUGCAGAACUUGGACGUCCUUCCCAACAACGUCUACCUCACCAUGAAGCUCUACUAUUACGAUGACGUCACCCCUGCUGACUACGAACCACCAGGCUUCAAAGAAGGGGAAUGUGACAGCCUGUGGUUUGAGGGCACGGCUGUUAACUUCAAGGUGGGUGAGGUCCACACUGCCUUCCACACCCUGCGAGUGCGCGUGUCGGCCGAGCAAGGCCGUCUGAAUAAGCUUCAGGAAGGGAACCACUUGAGGGAGACCAAGCAGGUUUCUCACAGAAGUCCUCCAGAGAGAGAAAUGGUCAAGCAUCCUUGCAAGAGAGUAUAUGAUGAAGAUGAUCUACCUUCUGAGGACGAGUCUGCACAGUUCAAGAAACCCACCAGACCUUUGGCAAAGGUACAGUUGUACUUAAGGAGAAAGGCAACUGCCAAAAAACAGGCAAGGAAGAGAAGAAUUUAGUCACAACAAAACACAAAGUUGCUCCGUCAGCAAUGUAAACUAUAGCUUCACUUUAUUGCAUUAUUAAACAUUGUUUAAUGUUAUGUUACAAUUUAUUAGAGCAGCAAGUGUGUUAGACAAUUUCCUUAUCUAAAUAACUCGCUACCCACAAGGCAGGAUGUUAUUGCUACAGUUCUAAUUUAAACAUUAUAUGAAAAGCGUACAGUAAGUGUACAAUCUAGAUUAAUUAAAUUGGUUCAAAAGUGCUUCAUUAUUUAGUAUUGUUUGUUUAUAAAAAUACAUUGAUGUGUAUUGUUCAAGAAAUAAAGCUUAACUUGUAAA